AUGACUGGCCUGUUGACCACAGGGCAUCAACGACCGUAUGAUGAGCCCCUGCCUGCCUCUCCGAGGAGGCGAAUUUGUCACCAUCAUCAGCGCCUACACUCCCCAAAGACCAUCCCUGAUAUCGCUAGAGACAAAUACUACAAAGACCUGCACGCCCUCCUGCCGACUGUAUCGACGGCGGGCAUGUUGAUUGUCCCUGAUGACUUUAACGCCCGCGUAGGCGCAGGCCAUGCUACCUGGAGAGGAGCGCUCGGUCCCCAUGGCCUCCACGGCUUCAAUGACAAUGGUCUGCCCCUUCUCCGCACCUGCACAAAACAUCAACUCAUCCUAACGAACGUCUUUUUUGUCUGCCACAGCGAGAUAAGGACACCUGGAUGCAUCCUCGGUCGCCUCAGUCUCACCUGCUGGACUAUGCCCUUGUCCGGAGGCGAGACCAGCGGGAGGUGCUGGUGAAAAAACGAUUCCAUAUGCGGACGGGUGGACCGACCAUCGCCUCGUCAUCUCGGUGAUGCGUAUUCGCCUACAGACUCGCAGGAGACCGCAAGGUAAGCGACCCCCAUGGAAGCUGAAUAUUGCUUUGUUGUUUUUGCCUGUUCACCUUGUCCAUUUCAGCGGCGAACUAACUCAACGGCCAGACAACCUCCCCAUCGCUGCCGCUGGCGAGAACGUCUCCGUGGAGAACCGAUGGUGUCAACUGCGAGAAACGGUCCAGCCGACGGCGCUCGCCGUCCUCGGUCGCGCUCCCCGCCAACACCAGGGCAGGUUCGACCACAACGAGGCUGCCUUCAGUAACCUGCUCGCCAAGAAAACCGCCUGCACAAAGCCAACGUCGACUGCUCCACCGAUGACAGCAGAGUUGCCUUCUACCGUAGUCGUCGCCUCGUUCAACAGCGACUGCGCGAAAUGCAGGACGCCUGAGUGGCCCACAAGACCGAGGAAAUCCAAGAGUACGCGGACCAUAAAGAAUUAAAGGACGUCUUUUCCGUGAUUAAAGCUGUCUACGGUCCGUCAAACAAACGUUCUGCACAUUUCCUCAGCGCCGAUGGCAGCAGCAUACUCAAUGAGAAGACAAAUUCCGCAGCGAUGGGCCAAACGCUUCCGAGGCAUCCGCAACCGCCCCUACACCAUAUCCGACGCCGCCGUCGCACGUCUGCCGCAAGUGGAAACCAAUGUCCAUCUUUACCUCCCGCCUUCUCUCUACGAAACAAUCAGGGCCGUGCAACAGCUCUCCAGCGGAAAAGCGCCCGAAUCGGACACGAUCCCGCUGAAGUCUACAAGCACGGUGGCCCUCAACUCAUCGAUCAUCUGACUGUGCUCUUCCAGGAGAUGUGGCCACAAGGUGAAGUCCCGCAGGUUUUAAAAGACGCAACAAUCGUGCAUCUAUAUCAGCGAAAAGCAAUCACCGGCUCUGCGACAGUCACCGAAGCAUCUUCUUGCUGAAAAUUGCAGGGAAAAUCUUUGCUCGCAUCCUCCUCAACCUCCUGAAUAAUAAUCUGGAACAGGUUCUUCUACCGGAAAGCUAUUGCGGCCUCCGCCGUCAUCGCGGUACCACGGACAUGAUCUUCGUUGUCAGCCACCUACAGGAGAAGUUUAAGGAGAUGCGGACCCACCUGUACUCUACCUUCGUGGAUCUAGCGAAAGCCUUCGACACGGGGAAUCGUGAAGGACUGUGGAAGAUCGUGCAGAAAUUCGGCUGUCCGGAGCGAUUCAUUCAGAUGGUGCGUCAGCGCCACGAAGGCAUAAUGGCGCGCAUCACAGACAACGGAGCUGUCUCAGAGGCAUUUGCAGUGACCAACGGAGUGAAGCAGGGAUGCGUCCUGGCGUCCCCUCCCCUCUUCAGCCUUGUGUUCUCUGCUAUAAUGAUGGACGCCUUCCGCAUCCGUUUACAGGACGGACGGCCACCUCCUCAAUCGACGGCGGAUGCACUUUCAAUCGCGUUUAUCCGCAACCACUGUGCGCGAACUUUCUUUCGCCGACGACUGCGCCCUCAACACUACCUCGGAAGAGGACAUGCACAGGAGCAUGAACCUCUUCUCCGCCGCCUGUUAGAACUUCGGUCUGGUCAUCAACACGGAGUAGACGGUGGUCAUGCACCAACCGCCACCCCCCUGCCAGCACAUGGCCCCUUCAUAGGCGGGGCUGGGUGGGGCCAGAGCCCCCUCUGCAUUGAAGCCUUUUUAAGCGUAUUUGCAUCGAAAGAUAUGUUUCAAAAGCACCACUUAAUGUACCUUCUUUGGAAUUAAAAGGAGCUAAUUUAUCAAAAUUGGCUUAUAAAUCAUGGAGAAAGCAUCCGUUUACGCCCACUGAAUGUAGCUGCGGAUGAGCACAAUAUAUUUAGGUUUUGUUUAAGUUCCUCAUUGCAUAAACUCUUAUUUGUCCACCGGUUAACAAUCUGUGUGUGUUAUUAAUUCAUAUAUUUGACAAUCGGGACGAUAUUUUAAAGUGGUGCCAAAAGUGGGCGGGGAUGUGGCCUCCCCUGCGCAUUUUUUUCGCUGGCGGGGCCAGGCGGGGCUAUCGCGUAGCAUGCCCCUCCACAGCCCCCUCCACAGCCCCGCCUAGCCCUCUCAUGGCCCCCUCUAGCCCCGCCAUUAUUGCGGGGGCCAGGCGGGGCUAGGCGGGGCUGGUGCUGGCAGGGCCGACACAGCCCCUACCCACAAUGCGCUACAGAUCAACGCAACCAGAACCCAACUGCAAGUAGUGAAAUACUUCCCAUAUCAGGACAGUACCUUUCCCGCAGCACGAAAAUCGAUGACGAAAUAGCCCGCCGGAUUUUAAAGUCAAGUCAAGCCUUUAGCCGCCUUCUAAACACAGUUUGGAAUCGUCCCGGUCUCCAGCUCAGCACGAAACUGAAAAAUGCACAAGGCCAUCAUCCUCCCGACGCUGCUGUAUGGAGCUGAGACAACAGCUGUUGAGCUUGAGCGGCCACCUCAGGCGGAUGGACGACGAGCGGCUACCCAAAGGACUAUUCUAUGCAGACGUCUCCACGGGUUCCCGCCGUCAAGGAUGCUGAUACAAGGGCACUGCGAAGUCCUCUCUGAAGCGUCCGCAAAUCAAUCCGACCAACUGGGAAGGCCUCGCCCGAGACUGACAGGCAUGGGGAAGAUGAGUGAAGACAGGCGCCGCAGUCCUCGAGGCCAACCGCAUGGCCGAGGCGAGGGCCAAACCUGAGACACACAAUUGUCUGCUGCGCCCAUCCGCAGUGCCAACGUACAACCGCCUCCAACGUGUCCACGGUGUCAACGGACAUUCGGGGCGCGAAUUGGACUCAUUAGACACUUUCGGAACAACUGCAGCACUCGGACCGCACAAACCGUCGUCCCUCCGUCCACUUCCUCCCCGUCCUCUACGCCGUAAAUUAACUCACACCGCUGCACACCAACACUACACACAAUCCUGAAACACCGACAAACACGAACACCGCCACCGUCGACAUCAGUGGUGAGGACCAGGACUACACCUGUCCUCACACAGACCGCAUUCAUACCUCGCAAAUCGGCCCUGAUCGGUCACUUGCAAAUCCGUUGCACAGAGACUGGCGAGCCAGCGAGUGGAGCACCAACCUACACUCGCCGCACCCGCCUCCAUUGCCCACCCUGCCAUCGCACAUUCAUGCAUCGCAUGGGCCUGCUCAGCCACAUACACAUCAACGAAAACCUGCGGUAGAAAAUCACCGGCCGCAUCAUACCACGACAUUCUCCCUCACUGCCUUAUCACCGUACACCAAAAUCACCCACCGCAAGCACCCAACUACCACCUCCCACGCAAGAGGAGAGUGUACUUCUCGACUCGGUGGAGAGGCGGACUGGUGAGCUGGUGAUCGGACCGAAACAGCUCCUUCCACGCCAUCUGCACGCAUGUGAGAGACGCCGCUCAACUAUCGUUGUGUGAAAUCCCGGUGCCUGUUUUUAGGGGGCCAGGUUGUGCAUAUGGCACGCAGACAAGGCCAUUAGAUACCACCACCGCGCCCAUCUCCCGCCCCAUUCUGCUGACCGGCUUCGACAGGGGCUGAGGUGUGGGAAUGGGAAGGGAGAGUGAGGUCAAUACUUCAGCGCAUUUUCCUCACAAUAAACGAUCUGACGCGCUUAAAUAUAACGGGGGGGGGGGCGCUAGAAGCCGUGGCUUGGAAGGUUGUCAACGGAUGGGAUAACUUGGACCUCGCAGUCGACCAGUGUUGUAUGUGUUUGUGUGAAGUGGCCGGCUGGUCGUCUGAGAGCCAGGCUGCAAUGGCCCCUUCUUAAUUUGGUCUUUAUGGCACUCCCACAGUGUGGGAUCCGAGCCGGGCGUGGGCGGCACGCCUAGGUGCGGUUUCGGCCGUGCCAGUCUCCAUUCUCUGUUGAUUCUUGGUCAAAGACCUGGUUAUUCGUUGUGUGGACCAGGGGAUGUGGUGUGGAGCGUCAAGGUACGGGCUCGACCAUGCCAUCCACCUGCGCCCUUUCCCGUCUCCGGUCUUCUUGACUCUGUCUUGAACUCGGGUCCAGGUGGCGGAGAAGAGAGUGUGGUAGAUGCAGCACAAAUCUACUCCCACUAUAUGUCCUGCGCAGGCCACCAUCCCUGCUCCCACGCUGCUGUGGAGCACAUGUUGGACAUCGUCGAAACCGACGGUCGAACUCUCGUGUUGACUGAUUGUCAAAAUAUAUGCGGUUAGGGGACACAUUCAACAAAGAAGCAGGCAUCUAACUUGGUAAUCGUUUACCUUACUUUUUUCUGCGAGAUUGCGGUGGAAGCCGUAUUUCAGAGAGGUGUUUUGCCUAGCCGUCGAUGUCCUAAAUCUCUUUGUUACCAGUAUUUCCUGUCGGUCUUGCCUUCGGACGAGGAUGUAGUCAAGCAACUGUCCCCGCUGUGGUGUAUCCCUGUUGAAUUUUCCCACGUUGGAGUAGGAGCAAAUAUACUGGUAAGAAGGCUGCGCCUUACGCAAUAUGUAGAGGCCGUUGGCGUCGUCACAACCAAAACUUUUAUGACCCAGCACUCCCUAUAGACAGCGAGGUCUCUCCCAAGGCGGGCAUCGAAAUUAUUAACCUAAAUCAGCCUUGUCCGUUUUCGACAUAAUUGCCUGGGCACAUGAAGCUUUUCAUAGUAUUGUUCUCCGCUGCGUCGCAACUACUUAUUGAUGGGGACGUAGUCGAUGAUGAUGAUGAUGAUGAUGAUGAUGAUGAUGAUGAUGAUGAUGAUGAUGAUGAUGAUGAUGAUGAUGAUGAUGAUGAUGAUGAUGAUGAUGAUGAUGAUGAUGAUGAUGAUGAUGAUGAUGAUGAUGGCAAAUUCAGCUAUCAGAAGAGGUAG